AUGGCACAGCAGGCGACCCCACCUUCCUCCACUGAGCCGGAGAUUCCGUCUUUCGAUAAGAUCGAUUAUAUGAACCAUCCUGAACUUGAGCUUCUCGCCGAGAAAUUCAAAAUCAACAAGGAAGGUCUAUCAUCAGAUUCUCUCAAAAAAGCGAUUGGUAAAUAUUUCGAGGAGCAUUACUCUGAGGAGUAUCCAAACAAGAGCCCAGGAACUGCAGUUACCAAUCCCAGCAACGAAGGCAAGGAUGCGAUCCAACCCACCAAAGGAAACUCAGAGCUGCCGACUUUUGAUGAUAUAGCUACAUGGAAUAUUGGUCGAUUGAGGUCAUUCGCGAACGCCCAAAAUGUCGAAAUUCAUGGUACAAAAAAAACGUUAAUUGCAAACACGAUUAAGAAAACUCUCAAGGAGCGUCACCCCGAGCUCUAUCAGUUAGAUAAGAGCGCAGACGUUGGCUCCAAUCGCGCUCCCCCCGAACGAGAAUCUAAUGAAGAUAAUGCCAGCCAAACCGACUCCAAAAGUGAAGAAGUUAGAUCCAAAAGCGAAGAAACCAGCUCCGAAAGCGAAAAAGAGGACCCCAAAGGCGAAGAAAAUAACCCCAAAAGCGAAGAAAAUGGCACCAAAGGCGAACAAGAUGGCACCAAAGAGCACAAAAGAUGGCCAAACACGUACGAAGACCCAACGGGCGGCGGGAUUAUUGAGGCUACUGGCAACAAAACGCAUGUUAAUCCAGGAGACUUCGGUGGAAAAAACGAGUAA